AUGGAGGUAGAAGAACGAAUGUGUAAAAUUGUGUUUUUGAUCGACACAAACCUAGCAAGCUGCACAGAAAAGGACCAUGCUAGUGAAGUGAUAUUGACCGUAUUUCGCAUUUUGUCGAGUUACAACAGAUUACGAUUUAGUGGGUUUUCUAGAAAGGUUAGCAACAAUAAUACGACGACGCCGAUUCGAAGAACAUCUAGUGCAAAUAUGGAAUGGGGCUUUAAGUUUUUUAAUACGACGAAAACAAUCGCACGAAAGAGAGCAGGCGUGUCUUCGCUUAGAAGCUUUAAAUUGUCUAGUGUUGAAGAGUUUGAAAGACAACUGAUGGAAGUGUUUACAGCUGAGAAAGGGGACGCCACGGUACCAAAGACGACGAGAAAUGGCUUGCAUCCUGCUCAUCUCCUGUCAACAGCCUUGACCGAAACUCUUUACGACUUCAAGUGGGCUGCACACGAUAUUCUUACCUCACCAGUAAAUCGUAGGCAGAACACUCCAAAAGUAAAUAAUUUUACCAGAAGUGUUUUUGUGUUUACAAAAGCUCCCUGUACAAAAAAGUCAUUGAGAUACUUUGCUGACAAAAUGGUACUUGAUUCAGAUGUGCUAGUAGAUUCCUUUUUGUCGCCGGCACUAUUAAAUGAAUACCAGCAAAAAAUGAAAAUCUCAUUGAGCUGUGUAGACUUUUCAUCACCUCAUUGCAUGCUUUGGAGCAGUUUUAUCAACAAGGAUGAAUCAACUACUGAGAGUCAAUCCUUCUUAAAAGACACAUUUAGAAGAUUGGGAGGAUCCUUUAUUUCGAAAGAUGUGAUUUUGUGCUGUGGUCCAGUAACUAAUGAUGAUGCUGACAGCUCAGAACCUUCAGUAGAUUCUAUACAGAUUUCCAGCAUUCUCCCCCACGAGUCAUUUCUGACCAGGGUGAAAGUGAAUGAGCAGCAGCCACAUGAGGUUACAAUUUCGUUCAAUAAUGAACAAAGUGUACAGCAACCAGUAAGCUUUGAUGAUGUUCAUUUGAACAUGCUGGGAAUGCUUCCAUUGUCUGUAGCUGGUGAUCUGUUGACAACCUGUAUAUCACCUUCUUUUAUGUUGGCUUGUAAUGACAGCGACUUGGUGUCUUCCUUGCUUCACCAAAUAGCUGACUCAGGAACUGUUGGG